CGGACUCUCUCAUCCUCCUCCACAGCGGCACGGCAGCCCAGAAUAGAUCUUCCAUCUGACCAUCUUCCAUAUCUCUGAUCAGACACCACUGCUCCACUCAGCCAUGGUCUGUGUAGGUGUGUUGGGUAGAUUCCUCCUGUUUGCUCUGCUUUCUUUGGAGAUCAGAGGUGGUGAGGGUGUGGAUGUGGACCUAAACACACUGGCCAACAUUAUUAAAGAAUUGGAAUUAAAGGUCAAACCACUUCCUGUUCCGAAAACAAAUAGUGACAAGGGCAACACGAUUCCUUCUCCUCCUCGGGCUGCCUCUGUCCCUAGGAGUAGGGACAAAGAUCCUCGUCAUCGCAGCGAGUCAAUGGGACCUGUUGUUGAUGUAUCUCCGACAACUGACAUACUUGCUGUUCAAUUUGCUGUAGUUGUUGCAGUUCCAAAAGAACAAUGCGAGCCCAGAUUAAAUCGUAAUACAUUUCUGAAGAAGGAAGAUUUAAAUAAAAUCCAGGAUGAUCUAAAACAGACCCAUCUCCACGAGGGUAAGCAGCUGAUAGCCGCCACACCCCAGGUAGGGAAAGGUAACAGGGGCAUCCACUCCGAGAGGAGGCUGCUCAUGUGCCCUUCUGCCAACAGCAAAGAAACCCCACUGCAGGUGCUGCUAAGAAACAAUCCAGAUAGUUGUGUGAUUUUCUACACGUAUAACUCCCCAUGCCUAAAGAACUGUCUAAAUUCAAAGAAGGAUGAAGAUGAAGAAAAUAAAUACUGGGCUCAAAUAGCAAGGAACAGUAAGAACAAGAAGAACAAGGAAGGGAAGGAGCCAGUGCAGCCAGUGAAGAAGUGCAUCCUUAAGUCUUUGGAAAUCCUUGGGAAAUAUGAAGGACCAAAAGCAUUUGUGUUUAAGCAGGUGUACAAAGAAGACAAGGGUAAGGCUGAACUAGGAGAGAAAUUAAAAGAGGUUAGUGACAGGAUACCCCUCUACAGGUGUAACCCUGGCUGUAACCCGUGUAAGAGCAAUAUUAUCAACGUUCCAAUAAAUCCUCUGUGCACCGAUUAGCAAGGACAGACAGAGUGUCCGUCAUGAAAGAAGGCCUGACCUCCUUCAUGUGUGUUUGCAAAAGCAAGAGCCAGAGAGAAGCUUUUCACUGCACAGCAGAAAGUCAAUUUGUGUUAGGGGCUGUCUGCAUUGCUGUUCUUUCCCCUUAUGUUCAGUACAGUGUCAUUUAUUCCACUAAUCAUCUGAUGUCUUUUUCCAACAAACUUUGAAAUCCACCUCACUGUUUUGGGACAGAUGUGUUCUGUAAGAUCAGCCCCUUUGUGAUGUCAUAAAAAGGUUCAUUAUGUGCUCACAGUGUCCUGCUUGAUUUGAUAUAGAAUUCCACUGAGGUCUCUCUAUGACGACCAGACUGUGGAUAAAUAAAUAUUGCAGCAUUCA